UUCACUCGGCUCUGAAAUGUCUCCCAUAAAGAACUUAAAUGUGACUUUUGAAACAAUCAGUGACAACAGCAGCUAUUCUGAAGGCGAUACCAUAGUGGGCACAGUUAGUUUCAGGUUGAAAAAAGACGUCAAAGUCAAGAGCGUUUAUGUAAAAGCCAAAGGAGAAGCUAACGUAGAAUGGACAGAAGUAGGUGUACCUGUCGAGAGACUGCAAAGUGCGCACAGGAGAUAUUUCAAAGUGAAGGAAUACUUGGUUGCAGAAAAUCAUGAAGGGACUGUUCUUCCAAAAAGAGUGCACAUCUUUAAGUUCAGGCUCAAAAUCCCAGAGGGGAGGAUGCCUUCGUCCUUCAAGGGAAAACAUGGAAAUAUUGUCUACACCUUUGAAGCCAAGAUAUCUAGGAGCUGGCGACUGCCUUCGAAAGUACUAAAAGAGAUCAACUUUGUGUCAAAGUCCUGUCCACACACUCCUCAAAUGAUGUGUCCACAGUCCAGUUCAGUGCAUAAAAAGAUGAGUGGUCUCUCCAAGGGACAGGUCCAGAUCUGUGCUACCAUUAACAGAGGAGUUUGUUCUCCAGGUGAAACCUUAUCUGUUGUCGCCAAAAUCUGCAACUCCUCUUCCAAGAACAUGAGGCUCAAAUUCAAACUUCAGCAGGUAACGGUGUACAGUUGCCAGGACAACACUAAUAGCAGCAAGGAAACGCUGUUCAAAGUGGUCGGAGACACUAUCCGUCCAAACUCAGAGCAAACUGCCUCCUGCCAGCUGAAAGUUCCCAGUGAUGCCAUUCCCACCCUCCGUAACUGUGAAAUCAUCUCAGUUGAAUAUUACAUAAAGGUGUAUCUGGACGUUAGUUUUGCCCUUGACCCAGAGGUGGUGUUUCCACUGGUCAUCCUUCCUUCUAAAUUUGCUCCAACUCAGAGUCGUGAGGCUUUGGGGCCUGAGACAGUUGAGCCUCCAGCUUACAGCGAGUUCACAUCCUCUACUCUCCCCACUGGAUUGGAUCCUAUACUCACAGGGUCAGAGCUGUCUGCCUUAAAGAUUCAAAACAAGCUGCUGGGUAAAUGUCUGCAGGUUACAGAAGGAACUGAAGGAGGUAGAGUGUCACUGGGCGAAUGCAGCCCACACUCACCUUUACAGGAAUGGCGUUGGCACCAAGAGAGCCAGACUGUCAGCAACUACCACACUGGAGAAUGUCUGACUGCACCACAAGAACAAUAUGAAGGUGUUCACCUGCAGCCCUGUGUCUUCAGAACUGCAAGUAGCAAGGAUGGUGAUAGAAAAGAGCCAGGAAGACAGGUAUGGACAUGCUCCAGAAAAGGCCACCUCACUGUGGUUGGGAAGGGGCUCCACCUUACUGCUACAAAAGAAUCCACUUUGGUCUUCCUUUCAAGAGGACAUAAGAAGAAGCAGGGCAGCAGGUGGAGAACACUUGACAGCCAGAUGCUAUGCAAUGGGAAAACCAGGCAACAUAAAAAUAUCAAUCCUCACCUACAUCUGGGGGAAUCGUUGGAACCAGAGAUUCUUUUCAGUUAUAUCUCUGAUGUAUACAGACAGGAUGAAACAGAUCUCCUGGAAAAUGGCUAUGGUGGUGUUAAGUUUAUUGUCUCUGUUCCUGGGGAGUCUGACUCUUUUCUUCGGUAUUUACGCUGAUAGCCGUCAGACCUGGACACCUUGCAGUCGUUGAGUGAGCUUGGCUGAAACUGGGUCAUGCAGCAGGAUAAUGAUCAGAAGCACAGCAGCAAGUCCAAAAAAAAACAGAAAAUGAUGGUGGCUAAGGCAAAGUCCAGACCUCAUUCCAACUGAAAUGCUGUGGUGGGACCUUGGGAGAACUUUGCACAAAUGAAUACCAGUAAACCUCAGAACUGAACUGAAGCAGUGUUGCAAAAACGAGUGGGCCAAAAUUCCUUCACAAUGAGUGAGAGAAUGAAAGACAUACAGAAAACAAAUACUUCAAAUUGUUGCUGCCAAAAGUGGUUCUAUGAGCUACUGGAAUGGGGUGUAUGUAGUUUUUGAGCAGACAGGUAUAUAACAAUAUCUAUAUAGAGAUAUGUUCAAUGGAGUUUAUUGUUAUGAGAG